UAUUACAGUCAACCUCUAGGUGGCACAUUAGCAGCAAGCAGCGACAGCUCUACAUAUCCCACAAAAUGGCAUUUAACAUUGGACACAUCUUUCUGGUCACCAUCCUGGCCAUCGUUUGUGCCGCGGAAACAAUUCAAUUGCAGCCAACUCAAGGUAUCCUGAUCCCAGCCCCAUUGGCCGAGAACAUUCGUGUAUCACGUGCCGCUUAUGGUGGCUAUGGAGCUCCAGCUGCCGCCCCUGCAGCCUAUUCCGCCCCAGCUGCACCUGCCUACUCUGCCCCAGCUGCUCCAGCCUACGCCGCCCCGGCUGCUACGGCCUACGCUGCACCCGCACCAGCCGCUCCCGCUUACUCGGCUCCUGCUGCUCCCGCCUACUCCGCACCAGCUCCAGCCCCAGCGGCCCCAGCCUACUCUGCACCAGCUCCUGCCCCAGCCGCACCUGCCUACUCAGCACCCGCUUCCAUCCCAUCCCCACCGUGCCCCAAGAACUAUCUGUUCAGCUGCCAGCCUUCACUGCAGCCUGUGCCCUGCUCUGCGCCUGCUCCAUCCUAUGGAUCCGCCGGUGCCUACUCGCAGUACGCUCCCCAAUACGCUGUGCCCAUCGUCCGCGAGUUUGUUUAAGUGGAAGAAUCGAUCUUUAUUUCGGACAACUGUUUCACCUCUCUUGAAAUAAACUAAAAUCUUAUACGAAAACAAUAAUAUAA